AUGUCGUACAGACUAGUCUAUGAAGCUGGGCCUUACAGCCCACUCUCUAUUGAUCUGUCUCUACUAGCCAGAGUUAUGUGCAGUGAGACGUGUCAUCAAAGACCUCCUUACUCUUACAUCACUCUCAUUUCAAUGGCCAUCAAGAGCUCUCCUAAUAAGAAGAUGACACUCAACGAUAUCUACUGCUACAUCAUGUCUCAAUAUCCCUUCUACAGAGACAACAGGAGAGGCUGGCAGAACUCCAUAAGACACAACCUUUCUCUUAAUGAGUGUUUUGUCAAGAUAGCACGAGAUAGUCACGACCCCCCAGGCAAAGGAAGCUAUUGGACCCUAGCUCCACACUUCAUGAACGCUAGUCCAGAACUAGCACUCAAAAUGAACAGAAGACGUAGAAGGAACAAAUGCAAAUCAGUUCAGAGCAAGGGCUCACCUAUUGAAGAGAGUAUGCUCCUCACUCCACCUAUUGAAGAGAGUGUGCUCCUCACUCCACCCUCCAGUCCUGACACUCCACAACACUCUGGGUUGUACAAGUACACAACAUUACCAACUACACUCAGCGACAAAUGCAGAAACUUUUCCAUUACAAAACUGAUUCUGUAAUUAUAAAACCCAUUCCUUUGUUUGUUUGUGUAAGCUUUUCAAAUGUGAAUGUACUGCCCCGGCUGCAGGGUAUCUGCAAA